AUGGAUAUCAAUCCCAGUACCGGACUCAACUGGGUCACCUACAUGGCCGACAACUGGGUAGUCUUGCGCACCCAAGCAGCCCAAAGCGCUGGCCUGGCCCGAGCUGUGACUGAUCCCAUGGAACGACUUUCAGCCAAAACCAGCACUAAACGCACCAAAGCCCAAGAAGUACACGAUAGCCUGAGCAAACUCAGUCAGAUGCACGAAAACGUCGAGCUUUGUGCCUCCAAGCUCGUCUCCAUCGCAGCGGGUCUGGACCAGCUGAACGAUGUUCUGGGUCGCCUGCAAGAGCUGAGCAUUGAGCGCAACGUAAUUGUCCAACGAACAAGCCUGUAUAGAACCUUGACGGCGCACACGGCACAGCGCCUCUCGGAUGUAAAUCGUGCCAAGGUUCAACUUAAGCAGGAGCACGAUCGCCAUGUCUUGGUGUCACAGUCGAUGCAAUCAGACCCAGCCCUUUUUGAGAUGGCCAUGCGACAUCAGCUAGAGAAGCUUCGCCAACACCGAUCACUGGGUUCAACAAAGUCGUCUGAACACGAACCGCUACGCAUGGCUCAGGUCUCCCACCCCUCCGCCAAGCCUCUGCUGUGCCCUGUUUUCUCCCAUCCUCCCAUUUUGUUUGUGAUUGAGUUGGUGGAUGCGGAGGGCCAGGAGCGUCUCGAUGAAUUCUUGGCAGAUGUGAGCGAGCCUGUCUCACCCGUCAAGUCAAUGUCCCAUGAAGGCCUUGAGUCCAACACGCUAGUGAAUGCCCAGGACGAAGAGCCAUCGUCGACUCCUGAAUUGGACAAAUCAAACGAGAAAUCACACUUUUGCAUUGUAUCGAGGGUGUUUCUGAGAGCCACUGUUCUUCACCGGCCGAUCGGCACCAUGUCACGAGAAAGGCUGGCUGCAGCAGGAGAGCGCAAGCGCGUGUGUGUGGUGGGCGCCGGUGCAGCCGGCCUAGCCACGGCCUGGAGCUUGGGGCGACACCCUGACAAGUUUGAGGUCACCGUCUUUGACAAGAAUGGCUGGGCAGGCGGUGUCAGCACCUCUGAAGAUGUUGGACAGGGGCAUUGGAUCAAUGAUGGGGUACAAGGCGCCGCCCCCUCGUAUCGCAAUACGCUGCUCUUGCACCGCGAGCUAGGCUUUGAACAUCACCAUGUACAUCUCAAGGUGGCCUUUGGCAAGGGCGAAACAGCUUGGAAUAAUAUUGCCCCGACAUCACUGGUCUUGGCCCACCGCGAAGAAAUUGAACGCUUCGGCCAGGUCCUGCAACGCAUCAAGAACCGCGAAUGGUUCUAUGCCUUUGUGCGCAUUCGCACCGUCCUGCGCUGGUUCAACUUCUCCAAGUCCUUCCGCGACCAUCUGGUAUUCCCGCUGACAGCCCUUUUCUUUGGCACGGGAAACCAAACUCCGGAGGUCUCAGCCGUCGUCGUCGCCCGCGUCUUUUUGGAUCCGGACAUUCGGCUGUUUGAUUAUGACCCUGAAUAUCUCCUUCACCAGACGCCUGACUUUUUGGCCUUUGACAAGCUGAGUGACGUCUAUGCGCGCCUUGCUGAAAAGUGCAAUGCUGAUGUGCGCCUCAACCAAGCUGUUGUUCGCGUUGAACGCCGCCGCCGAGACGUGCUGGUGACAACCGAUGACGGCUCCACAUUUGCAUUUGAUGAAAUUGUCUUUGCCACCGAUGCCGACACCCCGCUCAAGAUGCUAACGAGCACCCGAUGGGCUGAGCGCCGCGUGCUGGGUAGCGUCACCUACUACAACGACAUCUCUGUUACCCAUGAAGACGAGGAGUACAUGCGCCGGCAUUACGAGUUUGAUAAUGAGCGCGGAGACAUGUAUUUUGUGCGCACGGACCCUGAGGACAGCGAGGUGAUAGAAAUGGCCUUCAACCUCUCCAACUACCAAAAGCAACUGGACGGCACUGGACGCAACAUCUAUCAGACCAUAUUUCUCAAUGACCAGAUCCGAGACCGCUGGACGUGGGACGAAAUUGAUCCCAACAAGAUACUAAUUAAAAAGUGGUGGAAGCAAAUGUCACACACUUGGAAACAUUUCUUCCGUGUUGUGCCCUGGGUGCGCUUUCUACAAGGUCGCCAGCACACUUGGUACGCUGGCUCCUGGACACUCUUCAACACGCACGAGCUGGCCAUCAUCUCUGGCCUUGCUGUUGCUCAACGCCUGGGCGCUGACUAUCCCUUUGAGCACGAUCACUUGGCUGCCCUCCAAUUUGAUAAUCUCAUGAAGAUCGCCACCGCCGAAGCUGGUGGGACUGGCUCUGCUGCCGACCCGCUCCAUCAGACCGCAGCAAACAAGAUUGAUAGGCAGUCCGAUCGACCAAGAUGA